AAGGGCAUAGCGACCAGUUAUCCAGGAAAGUAGAAAAUGUAGUCAACAACCUUAAGGAAUUUGAGUCUGUAGACCAGUUGCUUUUGCACCGUAGUUAGUCUCAGCAGUGGCAAUGAGCAAAUGUGUGCCAUUCCUUCAAUUGAUUUGGAGUUGCUGAAGUUUAUCAUACUUGGAGGUUUUGCUUUCAAUAUGGCUAAACUUCUAGGAGGUAGCAGCCUUGCACCAAAGACCAAGAAUCUAGUGGUUGCAGGAGGCUUGACAGCAUUUGUUUUUGGGGUCUAUUUCUACACCAUGAGAGCUGUUGGGGGUACAGAUGAACUUCAGGUAGCCAUAGAUAAGUUGGAGGAGCAGAAAAGCAAACAAGAAGCUGAGGCAAGCGUGGCAUCCAAAUCUUAAUCCUGUCUUUCUUUCUUUCUUUAUUCCCCUUUUUUCUCUCUGGAAGAAAGUUUUAAUUAUGAUAUCCCCGGUGUUUGUGGGUAGUAUUAUCGCGAGCAAUGUAAAGAAUAAUGCAUUAUCUUGGUAACAGGUUGUCUUAUUUGGUUGGUGUCGUUA